AUGUCUACAACACCAAGGAAAGACGACAGCCACCUGUUCACCAGUGUGCACCCUUGUCAGCUGAAGGUGCAGGAGGUGCAGCAACGGCAAGCUUCUUCUUUGCUAUUUCUCAUCCAUUCAUCUGUAAUAUGGACAACACUGAGUCCCCCACUCAUGGAUGGAGACACCAUCACACAGUCUCUCAUGCUUGUGAUUCGUGACUCAUGCGCAGGCAAGCAUCAUGCUGGAGCAGUAGAAAAAUAUGUCAUUGCUCAACCAAUAUUUGUUUUUGAGAAAGGAGAACACAAUUUUAAGAGACCUGCAGAAGACAGCCUGGAUGAAACAGCAGAGCCUGAAUUCACUGGCUUCUUGCGAAAGCGUGUAAGGUCUUCAUCUGUCACGCUUCGUACUACAGAUUCUCAGUCUCUAGGAGUGGCAGCCUUGUCUCAGACGCGCCUGAGGUCCUCAUCAUUCACUGAUGUCCCAACCUUCCCUCCCUCCAGACCAGUGAGGAAAAACAAUGUUUUUAUGACAUCACGUCUGCUGCAAAGGAAUGAUGACAUGAACAACAUAGGGCAAGGUGCCCCCGUGAGACCUUCGGACCAUGUUCUACGACCCGCUGUUCUACAGCCAUCUCGAACUCAGAGCUGUCAAAAAGGAGGCACAACACUUGCGCCUGGUGCAUCAAAAACCUGCGAAACUAAGGAAAAUACCGAGCACAAGAUUUCUGAAGUGGACUCUAGUUUACUAAGUGAAAAUUUAUCAAAUGCCAGAAGUUCAGUCCAGAUGUCUACUGAUCCAUGCAUCUCAGAGACACCAUCAGGAGGCCAUCCAAAGGAAGACGAGUGUUCUUUUACAAGCUGCAGCUCUGACUUCGUUUUUGGAGAAAACAUGGUGGAAAGAGUUUUGGGCACUCAAAAGCUUACCCAGCAUCCACUUCAAAAUCUUUCAUAUGCCAAGGAAAAAUCAUUCAAAUCUCUUCUGAAGUUUCCUAAUGCUGCUUCAAAUUCAGAACCUAUUAAAAACAUAUCCCUAAUCGAAUCAGCUGCUGCUUUUUCCUCCAAACCAUCACAAAAAUGCUUGCUUGAGAAGAUCGAUGUCAUAACAGGAGAAGAAACAGAACAUAAUGUGUUAAAGGUCAACUGCAAGAUCUUUGUAUUCAACAAAGCCACACAGUCCUGGAGUGAAAGAGGCCAAGGGAUUUUGAGACUGAACGACACAGCCGGCAGUGAGUGCGGGACGCUGCAGUCAAGACUGAUCAUGCGCAACCAAGGCAGCCUGAGGCUGGUUCUCAAUAGCAGACUCUGGGCUCAGAUGAAGACUCAAAGAGCAAAUCAUAAAAGCUUGCGGAUAACCGCGACUGAUUUAGAAGACGACCGCAUAAAGAUAUUCUUAAUUCAGGCUAGUGCCAAAGACAUAGGCUUUCUGUAUGCAGCAAUACACCACCGUCUCGUUGCCCUUCGAAGCCUCGGUCAGCAGGGUGAUGGUGGUCCAGCCGGAAGCCAGGCGGAUACAAUUCUGCCGCAGGUCAGCGGCGGGAGCUGUGAUGAGGAUGAGGAUGACAUCACACAAGUCACUAAAACUGGACCAGAUCCUUCAAGGUGGAACCACAGACAGUCAAUUGUCUGUUCGUAAGCCUUCUCUGCUAAAAACGUGACAUCUACAGAAAGAGUAGCCACUCCACUGAAACGCCAGACCGUCCUGAGAAGACUCUACUCCUACCUUAAAGUGUUUUUUUUUAAUUAAAGAAACAAAUACAAUUAUUGUAAUUAAAAGUUUUAUGUUUUACAUUUUCAUUAUUGUGGACAGAAUUUAAGAAAUGAACUUCAGAAUUUAUCCUUUUGUGGAUUACUCUAGAAUAGGAUUUGAUAACUAAUUUGGACUAUUCAUCAUAUUGAUGGAUAUAUUAAUUAAAAGUACAAAUGUUGGCUUUGAUAAACCUUUGAUAAAUAUCUAAAGUAUUUAUUUUAAGCCAUACAUUGUCUGGCUAUAGAACAAAUAUUUUACUAAAUUUAUAGUCAUCUCUUUAAAAAAAUAUAAUUGCAAGGCAUUUCAUUAAAUCAUGUGAAAUGUAUAUUUUCACUUAUACUUUGAAUACAUACAUUCAAGUAAGAAUUCUUUUAUAAGAGUGUCCAUUUGAGGACUUUUAUCCAUUGCAUCUUACGUAUUUGACUCAAAGUCAGCUCACAAGAGUUGAUGAAUAAUGGAACAAAAUGUAAUGUAUUACAUAUGUGUCACAAAUAUACAGAAGGCAAAUAUCAAUGUGCUUUAUUUAUGUGAUGGUCUUAAUAGUCUAGUCAGUGUAAGGCUAUGCAGAAGCCAUUUUAUAACAAAUGUAUUGUAUAUGGCCAAAUGAGUAUCUCAACUUCCAUCAUUGUCAUAUGAUUUCAAUGAUUUUACAGAUGUUUUAUGCCUUUUCCAUUUAGAGAUUCUUUAUGAAUCAUGCAUGAAAGAUCCAUGUCAGAAUUUAGCCAUAUUCUAUUUUAUUAGUAGCCCUAAACUAUCUCAUUACAGAAUAAAGAUUCAAGAUCCUAAAUUGUUUUGAAUGUGUGCUGAACCUUGAUACCCUUGUAAUAAGGGCGAAACUGUACAAACUGCUAUGUCGAAGAAAAUAUCCUUUGGAAACAUACAUGUGAAAAUAUAUUUUAGAAGUUGGCAGUGCUUUACUGCCUCCAUA